GUCUGUGAAGCGUUUUAACUAGAUCAAAGUUUGUUUUGAUUAAAGAAGAAUUUUUGUCUUGAACUGAACUAAACCGCGGAUUCUAUCUAAAACUAUGUUUACUAAGCAGCUCUCUACACCGCUAAAGCUGAUAAAACGCUGCUACAACAGAGUUACUCCUGAGAUAAUCUCAUCUCUGAAGCAUCAGCUAGGUGAAGGCCAAAUAAGCACAAGCCAAUCUGUCCGGGAACACCACGGCAAAGAUGAAUCAUCAAUAAGGAUAACAAUACCAGAUGUGGUUGUAUUUCCACAGACGACGAAAGAUGUCAGUAUGGUGCUGAAACUUUGUAACCACAACGAAAUACCGGUUAUACCAUUUGGUACCGGCACUGGAUUGGCCGGCGGUGUUAGUCCCCUAAUGAGUUGUGUAUCAAUGGAUUUGACUAAAAUGGAUCAAAUCGUUGAUUUGCACGUGGAAGACUUCGACGUUACUGUACAACCAGGUGUAACUCGGAAGCAGAUCAACAAUUACCUAAAAGACUACGGCCUGAUGUUCCCCGUCGAUCCGGGGGCUGAUGCCUCGCUAUGUGGUAUGGCGGCCACCAGUGCUUCGGGAACAAACGCGGUGAAAUAUGGGACCAUGAAGAGUAAUGUACUUAACAUGGAAGUGGUACUGGCCGAUGGGACUGUUAUACAUACCGCCGGGAAAGGAAGGAGGAGUAGGAAAUCUGCGGCCGGAUACAACCUGACAAACUUAUUCAUAGGAACUGAAGGAACACUUGGGGUCAUAACAAGUGCUACCUUAAAAUUAUACGGCAUUCCAGAAAUGAAAACUUCAGCCGUCUGUCAGUUCAAAACUGUCGGGGGAGCAAUAAGAUCAACCAUUGAAGUCAUUCAAAAUGGAAUUGAUAUCGCUAGAAUAGAGUUCUUAGAUGAAAUGUCAAUGCGCUUAUGUAAGCGAUACAGUAAGCUGGAUUACAUGAGUGAAGAACCGACGUUAUUUCUAGAAUUUCAAGGAUCUCAAAAAACCAUUGAAGAUUAUAUCGAAUUGACAAGUCAGAUCACGAAAUCGAAUGGAGGUGGUGAGUUCAUGUACACGCUAAAGCAAGAAGAUACGAACCAGCUGUGGGCGGCCCGGCAUAAUUAUUUCUACGCAGUCCUAGCGAGUUCUCCCAACAAGAAGAGUUACACGACAGAUGUCGCAGUACCAAUAUCGAGAUUGGAGCAAGUCGUCGAGGAAGCUAGGGAGAUCAUCAAUAAAUCAGGGUUUUUAGGACCUAUUGCGGGUCAUGUUGGUGAUGGGAACUUCCACGCAAUUCUAUUGUUCAAUCCGGCGGACGCAGAGGAGGUGCAGAGGUGCAACCAUGUGGCCCAUGAAAUUUCUAAACUGGCACUGCGGCACGACGGGACAUGCACAGGAGAGCACGGCAUAGGCCUGGAGAAAAAACUUAUCCUUCCAGAAGAAGUGGGCAUGGAAUCUGUAGACGUGAUGAAAAAAUUAAAAAUGGCACUCGAUCCCAAGGGAAUUUUGAAUCCCGGCAAGUUGCUGGCAUAAAUAUUAUUUAUUUAUUUAUCUAUUAUAAAAUUAUUAUCAAGAAUAAUUACUAUUAAUUAUUAUUAUAAUAUUUAAUAUUAUUAAUUAUGUGAUAAUAUUUAGUUGGAUUUUAAGAAAUAUUAUUUUUCCAUUAAAAAAGCAUAAUAAACCGUUCGUUGCCUAUGUGUUAUAAACCCGUGUUUAUUGUAAGUUCCUUCAUUUGUUCGUUCGGUUAUUCAUUCAUUCAUUUACUCAUUCAUUCAUUUAUUUUGUAUUUCCUCAAUCUUUCAUUCAUUCUUUUACACAUUUAUUCACUCAUUUAUUUGUUUAAUCACUCAUCGAAAAAUGAUUUAAAACUUAUCAAUAGCAAUGGAGAUUUAUAUUUUU